CGUCACUCGUACCGUCUGGACGUCGUUCGUGACAUUGUUCGGAACGAGCAUGCAAGAGCGUGUGCCUUCAACUUUUAUUUGAAUCUGUACUUUCCUAGUAAUAACAGCCGUCUUUUUUUCUCAUGUAUUGUGGUGCUUCGAUGUUCUAUGGUAUUUAUCAUCAUUUUGCUUUAGAAAAGAAUGUGUCACGAAUUUUGCAAAUCGGAACCGUUUCGAUAGUCACGAGGAAAUCAACAGUACAGUUCUCUGCUCGUCAUGAAUGCAAUCUGAAACAUCAUUUGUCAGAAGGGGAAAACGAAUCAAACCUUCAACUUUCUGGGUGCAACACCCAGACCCGAUUUCUCUACGAAGAAUCGCAGGAGUUCUGUGUGUUCGUGUGAUAAAACAGUGCUGUUUAAAUGUUCUUCGUGAAGAGCUUUGUUUCUGCUGAAUAUUUUUUCUAGCAGUAUUGCUCUGUGUUUGAGCUUAUUCCAAUGAGUCUGUGCAUCACCGAAGGAGAACAGGCUUUCGUAUGGAGUGAAUUUGCAUUGAUUUACCCAGGAACCAAGUAAAUGUAUCUCUGCUCUUCCAUAUUUUAUUUCUCCUGGAGCUGAGCUAAAAGAUUGGUUGUGGAAGAGGCGGGGGAAUUGAAGAAAAAAACGGUGCGCGAGUGCGUUGGUGUGAGUGCAAUCUUCGUGUCAUCCACAGCAGUAUUCAGGCUUAUUUCAAGUCAUCCGAAGAGUCCAAUAAAAGGAAGAUUUCAAGUGUUCAGUGUGUGACCAAUCCCAAAAUUUGUUGCAUCGUUGUGCAAGGAUAGGUCCCAGCGACGAAUUCCAUUACAACUGCCCGACAGUUUACCGUCCAGUCGUAGCGUAAACGUCGAAAGAUACAAAAUUCGUUUGUUUUUUGGAGUGCUCACGAGAGAACAGCAAAAAAGACAUCAACAGCAGCUGGAGGAGCUGCUCAGCCAAGAUGAUUAAAAUGGAGACCGAUAAAAUUAUGGACGAGUCAAAUAACAGCAACCUACAGUUCACCACCUCGAUACUGUACGAUCCGGCGCGGAAGAAAGAACCAUCGCAGUCAUUCCAGACCGAACGCGACUCUUGUCUCACCUAUUUUGCCAAAUGGAACGAAUCGGACCAGGUGGACUUCGUGGAACAGCUCCUGUCCCGCAUGUGCCAUUACCAGCAUGGACACAUCAACGCUUACCUGAAACCGAUGUUGCAGCGGGAUUUCAUCACACUGUUACCGACAAAAGGAUUGGACCAUGUGGCGGAAGACAUCCUCUCUUAUCUGGACGCAAAGUCCCUAUGUAGAGCUGAGCGCGUAUGCAAAGAGUGGUCUAGGGUAAUAUCAGAACGCAUGCUGUGGAAGAAACUGAUAGAACGAAACGUUCGCACUGAUUCCCUUUGGCGGGGACUUGCCGAACGGAAGGGAUGGAUCAAAUAUCUAUUCAUACCACGACCGGGCGUGACACAUCGACCGCACAAAUUUUACCGUGAGCUAUUCCCCAAGAUCAUGAAAGACAUCGAAGCGAUCGAAAACAACUGGCGCACCGGUAAUCACAACUUGCAGCGGAUAAAUUGUCGAUCGGAGAACUCGAAGGGCGUUUACUGUCUGCAGUACGACGAUGAUAAGAUCGUGUCAGGCUUGCGAGACAAUACCAUCAAAAUCUGGGACCGCAAUUCACUUCAAUGCUGCAAGACCCUCACCGGGCAUACCGGUUCGGUUCUCUGCUUACAAUAUGAUGACAAGGUAAUCAUCAGCGGCUCCAGUGAUUCCACGGUGCGCGUGUGGGAUGUCAAUACUGGGGAUAUGGUGAACACAUUGAUACAUCACUGCGAAGCGGUGCUGCAUUUACGCUUCAACAAUGGUAUGAUGGUAACCUGUUCCAAGGAUCGCUCGAUCGCCGUUUGGGACAUGACAUCACCAACCGAGAUCGCUCUCCGGCGGGUGUUGGUUGGUCACAGGGCAGCAGUAAACGUGGUUGACUUCGACGAGAAAUACAUCGUCUCAGCAUCGGGUGAUCGCACAAUCAAGGUGUGGAAUACUUCGACGUGCGAGUUUGUUCGCACUCUUAACGGUCACAAGCGAGGGAUCGCGUGUCUACAGUACCGUGAUCGGCUUGUUGUGAGCGGUAGUUCCGACAAUUCUAUAAGACUUUGGGAUAUCGAAUGCGGUAUCUGCUUGAGGACUCUAGAAGGCCACGAAGAGCUCGUACGUUGCAUUCGUUUCGAUUCGAAGCGCAUCGUGAGUGGAGCUUACGACGGCAAGAUAAAGGUGUGGGAUCUCCAAGCUGCCUUAGAUAUGAGAGCGCAGACUAACACACUGUGCUUGAAGACGCUGGUGGAACAUACGGGUCGCGUCUUCCGGCUCCAGUUCGAUGAGUUCCAGAUAGUAAGUAGCUCCCACGACGACACCAUCCUCAUAUGGGACUUCCUGAACUGUUCCCAGAGCGAUGAUACGGCAACGCCCCAGGCGUUGGUCCAGGUGGGCCGAAGUCCAUCACGUGAGUAUUCCUCCUCCUCCGCUGCUGGUGGUCGGGCUCAGCCUCAGCACGAGACUGAUGAUGACGAUGCAUACUAGAAACAAAAAAAAACAACCAACUGUAGUAAUUGAAUCAGUAAAACAAAAAAGGGAACCUUUACAAAAAAAUAUUUUUCAAACAAAAAGCACACCACCAGCCACAUUCGAACAGACCACAGCGGACUAUUGCUUACUCUUGUUCUUCUCUUCUCUCCUCCACGAUGGUUACGUUCAUUCGGGUGUGAUGUGCCGUGUUCAAAUGGAAAUCGUUGAAAUUAAAAGCUGAAAUCACGUAAGGAUUUACGAAAGCGUUAAGAACGGUAGUAAACAUGAGUAGUAAUACAAAGUAGCGGACACAAGAGAAAAGAAGCAAAACCAGAUGAGGAAAUGAAUGCAAAAAUCAAAGCAGGGAGAAAACUAUAGCAAACGCUGGUCGCUCACAUACACAUACAUUGUCCUGACAAAUUAAAGAACAUUUACGUUCCGUCAUGUAUGUGCGGCAGGAGAAGUAGAGCUCACGAAAAAGUAAAUACAAUACAAGCAACAGGAAAAUGACUACAUAUAGAAUUAUAUUUCAGGCCCAAGGUAAUCUUGUAAUAAAAAAACAACAAUUCAAAACAUUGAAUCACGAAAAAUGACCAUGAUUACGCUGAAAGUGUUUUUUUCAUCGUGUUAGCGCAGAUGUAUGUGUGUGUUGUGCGCAUGCAAUUCUAGUGUGUAUGUGUGUAUGAUGUUGUGUGAAUGUGUGUAUCGAGAAAGUGUAAAAAAACAAAACGUUUAUCUCAUAUUAGAAUUUUAUUGAUUGCUUCUAUCCAUGAUCACAGCGAAUAAGAUUUUAUAGAGUCGAAUGUAGGCGCAAAAGUUGACUCGUUUGUUACUAAGUAUUCGAGUUCGACAGAUGGCAUUGCUUUUGGGAAGAGAAUCAUUUAUCGUUGCUUUUGGUAAUUCGUCCAUUUUUGUUUUCAUUUGACGCUUUUAAAAUUUAACCAUAUAUUUAGAUAUGGCUUAGUUGCCGGUAGCUCAUAAAUACACUGAACGCGACAGCGGCGGAUGAAGCGGACAAGGUUAGGUAAAUUUUAAACCUAUUUAGUAAUAGCAAUUCCGGGCCCGAGUGUGAUUCAAUUGAACCCUGUGAACGCGAGAAAAAAAAACUGUUUGGAAGAGUUUGGCAAGUGAGAGAAUCGCUGUUGUUUAUUAGUAAUACAAGUAAUUUAUAGAGCUCUCAUAUGAGCGGUAAUAAAACAGUAAAAUUGAUCCAACAAUAGAAAUAAACACUACAAAACAAAACAUGUGAAACAACGUAGAAAUUGCCCCCCUUUCAAUCACAUACAUCUUUAAACAAUAACAGUGGAUACAAUGCAAAAGAACAGUUGUUAUCUAUUACUCGUUUCACGUUUCGGAUUAGAGCAAACCUUAAAACAAAUUUAUGCAGAUGUAUUAACAAGAGAGAUAUUCACAAACAUAGAUAACGUUAUAUUUGGAAUGACAAAUGUAGAGAAAUGUGCAUAACACACGAAUAGGAAUCGCUGGAAUAAAAUGUGCCGUGAUGUAGCACUAGAGAAUGAUCUGAAUUCAUUGAGUAGACUGACUCUCAAUUUCCAGUGUGUAGAACCGAUUAACACCACACAUUGUAAUGAGUUCUGUUUUGGAUCUCGGAGAGUCACCAGGUAUUGAAAACACAAUUAUUCCAUUAUUCCAUUGGAUAGCUGUGGAUAAGGACAGAACGAAUGAUGUUAACGAAAAUGACAAGAAAGUGGAAAUAUAUUCAGCUGAGAGCAUAGAGCAAACUUUGUGAGCAGA